AUGAUUAUACUGUAUAUCAUGAUUAAUUUUGACCAUCUUUUCAGGGCGGAUGGUUUCCUAUUCGACAAAGCAGCCAUCUUGGAGUACAUGAUUACUAAAAAGCUGGAUUACAAAAAGCACCUGAAAGCGUGGGAAAAGGAUCAAGAAAGAUUGCAGAACGAAGCGAGUGAGGUUGUUGAAGCUCGUGUCAAAAAUCGUGAAGAAAAGUUCCUCAAGAGAGAAGACGGCAUUGUGAGCGAACGUGUAAAGGCCUUCAAGUCGGGUGAAGCGGAUUCGAAAUCCGUGUCGAAUAUGGUUGACGGAAAGGAUAAGGCCUUGCCGAGUUUCUGGAUUCCUUCCUUGACUCCUGCGUCUGGUGUCACUUCAAUGAAGAAACCAAGUUCAGCAGUGUUGUGUCCCAUGAGUGGGAAACCCAUCAAGGCGAAAGACUUGAUCCCGGUUAACUUCACUCGAGCCCCGGAAGAAGAAGGAGAUUCGAAGCGUGGUUUUGUCGCCAAGGAGCGCCGAUACGUUUGCGCCUUGUCGCGGGACGUGUUGAAUAAUUCCACGCCCUGCGCCGUACUCCGACCGACUGGUGACGUGGUUACCGUCGAGUGUGUGGAGAAGCUGAUAAAGAAGGAUAUGUUGCAUCCGUUGACGGGCGAAACGUUGAAAGAGAGCGACAUUAUUCUUCUGAAAAUGGUGCGUUUUCUCGGUGUUGAAUUUCGUUUGUUUCACGAAUUUUUUUCAGUUUCUACGGUUACUCCUAGAAAGAGCAAGUUCAAAAAACUAGAAAGUAUCAAAACAUUCAUGGAUAUGAACUUGGGUGUUAUGGAAAACGGUCAGCGGAGUAAAGAAGCUGUGCAACUCCUGCAAGAUGGCCAUGAUUCCAGUUCGAGUGAUGUGCAUUACCACUACCAACUGCCUCCUCCGCAAACCUCUUUCGCUGGUCGGAAGAAGGUCUAUCGGAAACAUCGUCGCAAGUCGCCAUCCGGGAGUGUUUCAAGCUCGGGAGAAGCGAGUGCCCGUCCGGCCAAAACUGGAAGUACCCAGCGGUUUCUGUGCUUCCCGAAGAUGUCGAAGUUUGUGAACUGGCUGCUCGCUUUUGCCAUUUUCAUCGGGGCCAGUGCUUUGUUUUGGGUCAUCUACGGACUCCGACUGGAUCUCCUUGCGCUCGAACGACGCGUCCAUGAUGUGGAGUCCGGAAACCAGAAGGUCCCCAACCAGCUGCACGAGUACCAUACCAAACUGAAAGCUGUAUCCGAAAAUCAAACCGCCAUUGCCAACAGAAUCCUGGAGAUCUCAGACAGGAUAAAUAACCUGACGACUCAAUUGGGCAUGCUGAGAACAUCCGUGUCGAAACUGGAGAACGGGCUGAUGAAAUCUGGGACAGAGGAUUUGCUUUCGUUGCCGGACGAUGUUAAGACUAUGCAAAGUACCAUGGCUACAUUCGGGUCACAGCUCCGCGACGUGACCUCGCAACUGGGCAUGGUGCGAAAUGCCUCGACUUCGAUGGUGGGUCGAGUUGACGCCUGUGCUAACCGAGUCACAGCUGUGGAGGACCUUGUUAAAAAUGUACCGGAUAGGACGCAAGUAGAAGCGAUGAACAAAUCCGUGGCAUUUGCGCUCGAAGACCUUCAUAUGCAUCAUGGUGACAUCCAAGCGUUGAAAAAUUCGACAGCAAAUCUACCCAUUUUGGAAGCCUCUGUCAAAAACCUUACGGAAAGCGUGAAUUGGGUCACUGAAUCAUUUGCAAGCACUUCAGCGUCAGUCUCCGCGCUGGAGAAUCGGAUAUUGCAGUGCUGCGAUCAAAUGGCUCAAAACGACACUGCGAAUGGGUGAAACGUUUUGGUGGUGGGUGGAACCCCGGAGACAAGAAAAUGCUCUAUUCCGAUUCGAGUUGUUCUUCUGCGUCCAAUGCCCGUGUUGUUUCGGCUGUGACCCGGUUGUCAAUGUAUUGUAUUAGUCGCGUUGCGUAUCGGCCUCUAGUCCAACUUUCUAUUGAGUGGUUUUAAUCGAGUGGCUUCUCGCUGUCGGUCAAAUGGUCAGUGGAAAGGUUAGUGUCGUUGAGGAGAAUUAACGCAAUCGGUCCGUGUUUGUCGGGAAAUGCGUUUCAGGAUGUUGUUGCGUGUCAGUGAUUCGAAGUAAUCCAAUAGCUUGGGAGAAAAUCCAAUAGCUUCAUGCGGUCAGGGAAUACUGUAUCAUUUUGAGGAUUUUAUGGAAAUUGAGACUUCGAAACCGAUUCAGUGUAAACCUCCGGUUCUGAAAAUCGAGCACUCUCGCUAACCGAAUUUCGGAUGAUUAUCCAGCGUUAUUGAUUUCAUUUUCAAAUACGAGUCAUUUAAGGGUAGAUGGUAACAAUGUAAUAAUUUUAGAACUUGAAAGCGCGAGACAUUUUUCAGUUUGAUGGAAGCUGGAGAAAAGUUCAGAGAAUCAACUGCUCUCAUCAAGGCAAUAUUGCGGGUAUCGGUGCUGCUAGAACUUGUUCUUGGAUUUUGUUUUAUGAGACUUGAUUCGCCAAUUUUUUGAAUAAGAAGGGAAUCCGGGUACGUUCGGAAAAGUUGAACAUGAAUUAAAAUCGCUCUCUUGAGUACUUCAGUGAAGGAAAGUCAAACGUGUUUCAUCAUCCUCAUGACUUCGACUCUUUCCCACUUGAAAUUCUAACCAGAAAUGAAGAAAGAAGUGGACAUCAAUCUUUUAAUCGUUCGUGGAUAAAGGAAAACACGAUCGCGAAUUUCGGCCCAACCUCCAUUUUUUACUCUGUCGAAUCACAAUAUUUGUUCGCUUUCAUGAAAGAGCUCAUCUUUUUUAUCUUAUUUAUUUGUUGGUACAGUAUUUCAUUUUUGGUGUCACUUCAAAACUUGUUCAGUCUCAAUCAUUGCGGAUUGUAUCCGAGAAAUCUGGGUACGGUCAUCUUGAUCAUCAACGAACAUAACUUAAUUAUUCAUACGAAUGUACCUUGUGAAAUCAAUAAUAGGAUCCCGUUUGAUCCGAGAAAUGCAAAUCCUAGAAUUACAGUAAUGAGAACUUUCUUCGUCCUACUUUUUGAGAAUAUCAAGGAAAGUGAUCGAGUUUUCAGUUAGAUUUUCGUCGAUUUUCUUGUCCGCAGUUUCCUGCUCCUUGCUACAAACCGAAGGCGACGAUUUCGAUCAGUAUCACUGAGAAGUUCAUUCGAAUUUAUGUUUCGGUUAGCCGAUGCCUGGAUACGUUCGCGUCCAAUUUCCUAUGACUGACGCGCCAUUGUAUUAUUAUAAUUUGUUUUCUUGAUCGAGGUUUUUCACUCGUACUGAUUGGAUUUCGGCUUUCUCUUGCCAUCGUCGACUUUCUGUUUGUAUUUCAAUGCGCUCGAUUCGAAAGCGAUGCGAUCGAUUUUACUUAAUAUUGAAAACUUAAUCUAACGUAAAUUCGUUUUCAUUGAAGGUCGUCCGACGGAAAAAGGAUGGCGCUCGUGUUCGUGUUCUCGUUAACCAAUGGCGAAGCGCGCUUGAAAAAUUUUACUUUCAGGAAAAUCUUCGGGUUUGGUUAGGAAAGAAUUGUGUGAGAAUGGGUUUGUGGUGAAUUCGGAAAUGUGUCGCAUUCCCAGAUAGAAAUCCCUUCUGAAUGUGAUUUUGGCGAGGGAUUUUUUUGUGUUAUGUCACGAGCUCGUCCGCGUACAAAAAAAAAAACGAGAGAAAAAAUAACUGCUGGAAUAAAAAAAAUUAAAUACGCGAACA